UUGUUCUAUGGACACGAAAACGAACUCUCAUCUGGAUGAAAAGUGGAGACUGGUUCCGGCCUUUCUCCAGGGAAGGGGUCUGGUGAAUCUGCAUCUGGACAGCUUCAACCACUUCAUCAGUGUUGACAUCCACAAACUCGUUCAGGCCCACUCGAAAGUGACGUGCGAGGCAGACGUCAACUGGUAUCUGAGAUACCUCAGUGUUAAAGUGGGACACCCGAACAGCGAAGAGGGAUAUGGAAUCAAGAAGAGCAUAACGCCCCAUGAGUGUCGUCUUAGAGACAUGACAUACUCUGCUCCAGUUUAUGUCGAUAUUGAGUACGUCAAAGGAACCCAGCGAGUUAUCAGGCAGGAUUUGCUGUUAGGUCGGUUGCCGAUUAUGUUAAAGAGCAACAAUUGUGUGCUGCACGGCAAAACGGCUGCUGAGAUGGCAAAGUUGAAUGAAUGUCCUUUAGAUCCGGGUGGGUACUUUGUAGUUCGAGGAACGGAGAAAGUGAUUUUGAUGCAGGAACAACAUUCAAGAAACCGAAUCAUUUGUGACAUGGACCCCAAAGGAAAUCCAACAUGCAGUGUAACUAGUAUGACCUAUGAAAAGAAAACGAGAACUGCAGUAUCGCUGGUUCAUUCCAACUUUGUGGUAAGGUCGAAUGUUUUUGCAGAAGAUGUUCCGUUUGCAAUCAUGAUGAAAGCGUUUGGAAUAGAAUGUGAGAACUUUUUGGUGCAGCUCGUUGGAGUAGAGCCGAAAACUUUGGCGCUUCUGGCACCUUCUUUAGAAGAAUGUCACAAAAAUGAAGUUUUCACCGAGACGCAAGCGUUGGUGUAUUUGGGAAAACGUCUCAAAUCUAAAGUGAGUGUUCUCGGAGUGCCCGGGAUGCGACAAAAAGCGUUUCCCAAAUCAGAGGAGGCACGUGAACAUUUGUUCCAGAAUGUUCUUUGCCAUAUUGCAGCGCCAGAAUACGAUUUCUACGAUCGAGCUGUGAUUUUGGGCAUGAUGGUUAGACGAAUUAUACUUUGCAUGGAUGAUCCUACUCUCUUGGAUGACAGGGAUUACUAUGGAAAUAAGAGACUCGAGUUGGCAGGUUCCUUCGUGUCUUUACUCUUUGAAGAUUUGCUCUUGAGAUUUAACGGCGAGUUAGUGCGGGUUGCCAAUACUGUGAUUCCAAAAACUAGGGCGCAAGGGUUCGACGUUGUAAAAUACAUGAGACCUGAUAUUAUAACCAGCGGUCUCGAAAUGUCAGUGUCAUCCGGAAACUGGACCUUGAAGAGAUUCAAAAUGGAACGUCAGGGUGUCACCCAAGUGUUGUCUCGACUGUCGUACAUUUCGGCUCUGGGAAUGAUGACUAGGGUUAACUCGCAGUACGAGAAGAGUCGAAAAGUGAGUGGUCCAAGGGCUCUUCAGCCAUCCCAAUGGGGAAUGCUAUGUCCUUCCGACACACCUGAAGGAGAAGCAUGUGGCUUGGUUAAGAACUUGGCGCUGCUUGCUCACGUGACUACAGACGUCGACGAAAGUAGUCUAGACGUGUUUCUCGAUAAUUGUGGUCUUGAAAAUAUCAGACUCUUGUCCGGAGAAUCAGUAUUCAACCCCUCUAAUUUUAUUGUUAAUCUUAACGGUCUGGUCAAGGGACUAACAAAUGAUCCUCAGCUGUUCGUGGAUGAUUUUCGUAGACUAAGACGUGCGGGAUAUAUUAACCCUUUCGUUUCUGUCAGCACAAAUUUUCACACUAAUACCAUAAAUAUAGCCUCAGAUCAAGGCAGGAUUUGCCGUCCUUACAUUGUAGUCAAAAACGGGAAAUCUGCGGUGAGGGAACGUCAUUUAAAAGAUCUUGCGAGAGGCGUGCGAACGUUCCAAGACUUUGUAAAGAAAGGACUGAUUGAGUAUUUAGACGUAAAUGAGGAAAACGAUUCUUUAAUUGCACUCUACCCUAAAGAUAUCAUAAAUGAGAGUACCCAUCUGGAAAUAGAGCCCUAUACAAUACUGGGUGUAUGUGCUGGAUUGGUUCCAUAUCCACAUCACAACCAGUCGCCCAGAAACACUUACCAGUGUGCUAUGGGCAAACAGGCCAUGGGAAACAUAGCUUAUAACCAGAGAAACAGAAUCGAUACGCUGAUGUAUAAUUUAGUCUAUCCUCAGAUUCCGAUGGUGCGCACAAAAACGAUUGAUCUGAUUAAUUUCGAUAAGGUUCCGGCUGGUCACAAUACUAUGGUGGCUGUGAUGUCAUAUAGUUGUUAUGAUAUCGAGGAUGCCUUGGUGAUAAACAAAGCUUCAUUGGAUCGAGGCUAUGGACGAUGCAUAGUUUACAGGAAUCAAAAGGUUGCUGUUAGAAGGUACGCCAAUGGGACAGGCGACAAAAUCAAUGGGCCGCUUAUCGACCCGGUUUCGAAACUACCAAUAUUCAGACACCAGAUUUUGGACCAAGAUGGGGUCGCUUUUCCAGGUCAGAGGUGCCUGGACAGACAAGUGACUGUGAAUAAAAGCAUGCCAAUCGUUACCCAGACGUCUCUCUCAGGCGUAGCCGGAGCUCAAUCGUCCAGUGACAUAACUCAGAAGGUAGAGUAUAAAGACUGUCCUACAGAUUACAAGGGAUCCGAGCCGUCUCACAUUGAGAAGGUGAUGAUAACGUCGAACAGUGAGGACUCGUUUUUGAUAAAACUGUUGCUCCGUCAGACUAGAAGACCAGAAGUGGGGGAUAAAUUCAGCAGCAGACAUGGACAGAAGGGGGUGUGUGGUUUGACUGUUCAGCAGGAAGACAUGCCCUUCACUGAGCAAGGAAUCUGUCCCGAUAUUAUCAUGAAUCCGCAUGGGUUUCCCUCUCGAAUGACUGUAGGUAAACUGAUUGAACUUCUAGCCGGUAAAGCAGGGUUAAUUGAAGGCAAGUUCAAAUACGGAACUGCUUUUGGAGGCGAUCAAGUCGAUGACAUUAGUCAAGUUCUCAUCCAAAAUGGAUAUAAUUAUCUGGGAAAGGAGUUUUUAACGUCUGGAAUAACAGGCGAACCGUUGGAAGCGUAUAUAUACUUCGGACCUUUUUACUACCAAAAGUUGAAACACAUGGUGCUUGAUAAAAUGCAUUCGAGAGCGAGGGGACCCAAAGCAGUUUUGACGAGACAGCCUACCGAGGGACGGUCACGUGACGGAGGGUUGAGAUUAGGAGAGAUGGAGCGAGACUGUUUGAUUGGCUACGGAGCUAGUCUGCUCCUACUAGAGCGCCUGAUGAUCUCAAGCGACAUGGCUGAGAUAGAAGUAUGUGGUAAUUGUGGUCUGUUGGCAUAUUCUAAUUGGUGUCAUUUCUGUCGCUGUUCGAAGGAUGUGGCAAAGAUUAAGAUUCCCUACGCGUGUAAAUUGCUGUUCCAAGAACUGAUGGCGAUGAAUGUCGCGCCCAGACUGAAGCUUGAAAGUGUUUUGGACUAAAAAAGAAACCUCAAAUUUUUUGUUUUUAGUGAAAUGAAAAAUAAUUUAUUCAAAUCAAAAAUUUAAGUUGCCAAUUUUGUUGAUCGUUAGCAAAUGACCAUCAUGUAUUCAUCAUAUUUUCAUUGCAUUCUUUCAAACAAUG